AUGAGUCCAACGUAUCGGCCUCCUGGUGGACUUCCAGGCCUGACCUCCAAGACACUGUUCAGCGCUGAAGAACUCAAGCACUUGUACCAGGGUUUCAAGGCCCAGUGUCCAGAAGGCGUUGCUAAGGAGGAAACCUUCAAGGAGAUUUAUGCCCAAUUCUUUCCGCCAGGAGUGAACUCGGGUCAAUACGCGCACCAUCUCUUCAGAUGUAUGGACCACAAUCAAAAGGGCGAAGUCAAUUUCGAGGAUUUUGCAGCAGCUAUGUCAACCCUGAGCAGAGGACCAUUGACAGAACGACUUCGAUGGGUCUUUGUUCUGUACGACCAAGACGGCGAUGGAAGGAUUUCCCGGGCUGAGUUCUUGACCAUUGCAGCGGCCGUGUUUGCAUUGAUUGGUCCUUACGCAAAGCCGCCCAUCACUGAGCAGACUGUCAAACUGGAUCUCGACAACGACGGGUUCAUUUCGGAAGACGAGUUUCUCAGCAGUUGCCUCAACGACGACAUGAUCAUGGCUUCAAUGAUGGUGUUGGAAGAGUCCCUCGCAUACAUCUGA